CCGUCAUGGAGCACGACUGCCUGCAAGUUUUUGAUAAGCUAGGUUGAAAUCAUAGUUCUCACCCUAGACUGUCUCAAAGCCCUCAUUGCUGCUUGCCAAUCCCAUCUUCUAGGGGACCGAAAGCUCUGCUUCCUUUCUUCCUGCAACAUCAAAGCUUCCGAUUUCUCGAACCCCUGCACAACAAAGCAUCGCACCCCUCGAGGUUUCAGAACCUGCCCUUAGCUCCCGCUGGCUGGCUACCCUCUGCAAUCGCCGCCCUUUUUUUCUUUCUCUUUCCCUCUGCUCUGCCCCUCCUGUCGACGUCACGCAAUCAACCUCUCCACCAGUCCACGUGUAGCAAAGGCACCAGCAUCACCUUACGUUUCUAUCACGAGAGCGACCGAAACCAAAAAUGGCAGACAGCGCCGCCGCCAACGGCAGUUCCAACGUGGAGGCCCUUAAAGCCAGUCCGGUAGCUCAGAACGUCAUGGACCAGUCUUCCAAGGCUUCGGCCGAAUUUUCGAACCUCGCUGCUUCCCGCCAUACUCCAUCGUAUACGGCUGCCACUGGCCAGCCCUUGACCCACUAUCACUCGUUCUUCUCGGAGCUCCUGUCGUGGCGCAAUCCUCGCGCUUCGGCCAUCGCCUAUGCCUCCAUCAUCACGCUCAUCUUCUCGGUUAGGUACCUUGAUAUUAUUCGCUGGGCUUUCAAGAUCACCUGGAUGGUUCUUGGCAUCACGAUCGCCGCCGAGGUCACAGGAAAGGUCCUUCUGAACAACGGCUUCGCGACCCAGCUGCGCCCCCGCAAGUACUACACCAUCCCGCGGGAGACCCUCGAUUUGGUGAUUGGGGACGUCCACGAACUCAUCAACUUCUUCGUUAUCGAAUCGCAACGUGUGUUGUUCGCCGAGAACGUAUAUGCAUCGGCUGCUGCCGCUCUCGCCGCUUUCAUUUCUUACUACCUCGUCAAGAUUGUGCCCUACUGGGGCCUGGCAGUUAUCGCCACCACGGUCAUCUUCUUCACCCCACUCAUCUACACCACUAACCAGGAGCUCAUCGACAACCAGCUCAAGCACGCGAGCGACAUUGUCAAUGCCCAGACCGCACAGCUCCGCACGGUUGCUCAGAAGCACACUGCGCAGGCCACGCAGGCUACCAAGCAAUACGUGGGUGACUACACCGCCAAAGCCCAGGCGCUGAUCAAGGGCGCCCGUCACCACGUGGAGCAGCCGCAGAAGGCAACGCCCAUUAAGGAGACUGAUUUCCCCGCGCCUCCCAAGGAGGAUAUUAAGCUCCCUGCUGAGACUGAGUCCGUGAGCGAGCCCGCUCACGGGCCCGAGCCUGUCGCCAAGACCGACGACGAACCUCUCAUCGCCGCUUAAGGUUCGAUGUUGGCUG